AUGGCGGAGUCUAGAGACCUCCGACCAAAAUGGCUACGAGGGGCUAUGCUUGUAACCACGUGGGGCGACGCACACUGUGGUCCGGAGGGAAGAGGCCUUGUGGACCUCACCACACCAGCAUGUCUGGACGGAAGAGCCUUGGGAAUCUUCUUGUCCCCUGGACGAGUCCGGAGUGAAGAGGACAAUGCCAAUAAGCUGCUGCUGUCUAUGUUUGCACUUGAGAUGUUCAUGAAGAUGUAUGCUCUCGGCCUGCCCUCUUACUUCAUGUCCCUCUUCAAUCGCUUUGACUGCUUUGUGGUGUCCACCGGCAUUAUGGAGCUCAUCCUUGUCCACAUGGGCGUCAUGUCAGUCAUGGGCAUUUCUGUGAUGCGCUGCAUACGCCUGCUCCGCCUGCUCAAAGUCACCAGAUACUGGACAUCGCUCAGUAAUCUGGUGGCUUCUCUCUUGAACUCGGUGCGUUCCAUCGCCUGCUUGCUGCUGCUCCUCUUCCUCUUCAUUGUCAUAUUCUCCCUGCUGGGUAUGCAGGUGUUUGGAGGGAAGUUCAACUUCCCCAACCAACCCAAACCCCGCAGCACCUUUGACAGCUUUCCUCAGGCCCUCAUCACUGUCUUUCAGAUCCUGACUGGUGAGGACUGGAAUGCUGUCAUGUACGAUGGUAUCAUGGCUCAUGGAGGACCCAGCAUGCCUGGUAUCCUAGUCAGCAUCUACUUCAUCAUCCUCUUUGCCUGUGGAAAUUUCAUCCUUCUAAAUGUCUUCCUGGCCAUUGCUGUUGAUAACUUGGCAGAGGCUGAGUCUCUGACUUUGGCACAAAAAGAGAAAGCAGAGGAGAAAAUACGCAAGAAAGCUCUCAGGGCCAACAUGCCUGACAAGGCGUCAGAGGAGAAAGCAAAUCUGGCAAAGAAGCUAGCUGAGCAAAGGGCCAAGGGUGUAGAGGGCAUCCCUACAACUGCCAAGCUCAAAAUCGACGAGUUUGAGUCCAAUGUUAAUGAGAUCAAGGACCCUUUCCCUCCAGCAGACUUUCCUGGUGAUGAUGAGGAAGAGGACCCUGAGAUCCCAGAAAGCCCUAGACCUCGUCCAAUGGCAGAUCUGCAGUUGAAGGAGGAAGCGGUGCCAAUGCCAGAAGCCAGCUCGUUUUUUAUCUUCGGACCUCAGAACAAGUUCCGGAAGCUCUGCCAUCGUAUUAUCAAUGCAACUACUUUCACCAACAUCAUCCUCCUCUUCAUCCUACUGUCAUCUAUUUCUUUAGCUGCUGAGGAUCCCAUCGACCCCAUGUCCUUCAGGAACCAGGUGUUGGCCUCUGCUGAUAUAGUCUUCACUUCGGUGUUCACAGCGGAAAUUGUGCUCAAGAUGACAACAUAUGGUGCAAUUCUUCACGAAGGGUCUUUCUGUCGGAACUCUUUCAACAUCUUGGAUCUUCUGGUGGUCAGUGUAUCUCUCCUCUCAAUGGGCAUGGAAUCCAGUGCCAUCUCUGUGGUGAAGAUUCUCCGGGUGUUAAGGGUACUCCGACCCCUAAGGGCCAUCAACAGAGCAAAGGGACUCAAGCAUGUCGUCCAGUGUGUGUUUGUUGCUGUCAAGACCAUUGGAAAUAUUGUACUGGUAACCAUGCUACUGGACUUCAUGUUUGCCUGCAUUGGAGUCCAACUUUUCAAAGGCAAGUUCUAUUCCUGCACAGAUCCUGACAAAAUGACUGAGGAAACAUGCAA